AUGGACUCCACAGAGCCACCGUUCUCCGAGUCCCGUUUCACCGAGAUCCAAACCGAGGUCUCGAACUUCAUCAAGAAGAUCGGAUACAACCCCAAGGCUGUUGCCUUCGUCCCCAUCUCUGGAUUCAACGGAGACAACAUGCUCGAGCCAUCUUCCAACAUGCCAUGGUUCAAGGGAUGGCAAGUGGAACGUAAGGAGGGUAACGCUACCGGCAAGACCCUGCUCGAGGCUCUCGACUCGAUCGUGCCCCCACAGCGACCCACCGACAGGCCACUUCGUAUCGGAACUGUCCCCGUCGGACGUGUCGAGACCGGAAUCAUCAAGCCUGGCAUGGUUGUUACAUUCGCACCCCAGAACGUCACCACUGAGGUGAAAUCAGUUGAAAUGCACCACGAAUCUCUCCCAGAGGCCGGACCCGGAGACAACGUCGGAUUCAACAUCAAGAACGUGUCCGUCAAGGAUAUCCGUCGUGGAUCCGUCUGCUCGGACUCGAAGAACGACCCAGCCAAGGAGGCUCGUUCGUUCAACGCUCAGGUUAUCAUCAUGAACCAUCCUGGACAGAUUGCUGCUGGUUACACCCCCGUGCUUGAUUGCCACACCGCCCACAUCGCAUGCAAGUUUGCUGAGCUCAAGGAGAAGGUCGAUCGCCGUACUGGUAAGAAGGUCGAAGACAACCCGAAAUUCCUCAAGUCCGGAGACGCCGGAAUCGUUGAGCUCCACCCCACCAAGCCCUUGUGUGUCGAAUCCUUCACCGAUUAUGCCCCACUCGGUCGAUUUGCCGUCCGUGAUAUGAGGCAAACGGUCGCCGUCGGUGUCAUCAAGUCUGUGGAUAAGUCGGAGGGAGGCGCUGGAAAAGUCACCAAGGCUGCCCAGAAGGCCGGAGUUGCUCCCAAGAAGAAGUAA